UUCUAAAGCUGGUAAUCUCCCCUAUAAUCUCUGCUUCGCGUGUUACAAAAAAAAUGUUUCAAUACGCAAAAAAAAAAAAUUAGAAGAAAAAAAUUGUGAAAAUGUUCAAUUAAAUUGUCAAGGAUAACUAUUAAAAUUAUAAUAAAAAUGGCCAACAGGAAUCACAAUAUCUCCAACGCUCGUGUCACUGCAGAUGAACACAGUGUCGAGUCACUGGCUGAAGUGUUUAGAUGUUUCAUUUGCAUGGAAAAGUUGCGAGAUGCACAUUUGUGCCCUCACUGCAGUAAAUUGUGUUGUUACACAUGCAUACGAAGAUGGUUAACAGAACAGAGAUCUCAGUGUCCCCAUUGUCGUGCCUCUUUGCAUUUGCACGAGUUGGUAAAUUGUCGGUGGGUGGAGGAGGUUACGCAGCAGUUGGAUACACUCCAAGCCACUGGAUUAACAAAUCCAAGAUUCGAUGAGUCACGAGAUAGGUGUUCAGUGCAUAGAGAAAAAUUGUCAGUUUAUUGUUGGACCUGUGGCCGAUGUAUCUGUCAUCAAUGUGCCCUUUGGGGUGGCACUCACUCCGGACACACUUUCAAACCCCUCGAGGAGGUCUACGAACAACAUGUAACACAAAUUAGUGGAGAAGUUGGUCAAUUGAAAAGGAGACUCAUGGAACUCGUCAGUUUGGUUCAGGAAGUGGAACGCAACGUAGAGUGUGUACGAGCAGCGAAAGAUGAACGAGUCCGUGAAAUAAGAAAUGCAGUUGAACUAAUGAUAGCUCGCCUAGACUCUCAGCUCAAGGCCAAACUUCUGACCCUGAUGGGCCAAAAAAACUCAUUAACAUUAGAGUCAGAGCAGCUCGAGGCUCUUCUCCAAGAAAUUGAGCAUCAACUGCACACGUGUACAAGGUCAGAGCUCAUACUUAAGAGCUCCGAAUUAUCUAGGAUGAUUCAUCAGGUUAGAAAGAAGCCAAUGACCAGUUUUGUAACCGCUCCAGUGCCAGCUGACUUCCACAGUGAAAUUGUCCCCGGUUAUGAUUCAGCAACAUUUGUCAUGCAAAAUUUUACCCAAUUGCAACUGAAAGCAGAUCCUGUUUAUUCGGCGCCACUCCACGUCAAUGGCCUAUGCUGGAGGCUUAAGGUUUAUCCAGAUGGAAAUGGCGUUGUCAGGGGCAAUUAUCUCUCGGUUUUUCUGGAGCUGAGUGCUGGACUUCCAGAAACUUCCAAAAUCCAAAGGCGGAUAGUGGAACUCAUCUAAGUCGACUUGUAGAAGCUCAAACCUCUCGAUCGUCUGACAACAUCAAACCAACCUUUCAGAAACUCCCCAAUCAUGCACGGAAACCUAUUUCUUUAGACACUGCGAUCCUAAUACCAAAUUUUUCAAUAGAAUCAAACAACUGAGAUCACGCCAUUGCCAACCCGCGGCGCUCGGA